AAACCAUCCUAUAUUAACAUCCAUCCAUAACCAUUUCUCAAAACUAGGGUUUCAGUUUCAGUAUUCAUCCACUGUGUGCGUGCGUGUGUGUGUUGUUGCCGCCCCUCAAUCUAAAUCUGCAAACAUGGCUACCCAAAUGAGCAAAAAGCGAAAGUUUGUCGCUGAUGGAGUUUUCUUCGCUGAAUUGAAUGAGGUUUUAACCAGAGAGCUUGCUGAAGAUGGCUAUUCCGGUGUUGAGGUUAGGGUUACUCCUAUGCGCACUGAAAUCAUCAUCAGAGCUACUCGUACCCAAGCUGUUCUCGGUGAGAAGGGUAGGAGGAUCAGAGAGUUGACCUCAGUGGUCCAGAAAAGAUUUAAGUUUCCUGAGAACAGUGUUGAACUUUAUGCUGAGAAGGUGAACAAUAGGGGACUUUGUGCCAUUGCACAAGCUGAAUCCCUUCGCUACAAGCUACUUGGCGGUCUUGCUGUUCGCAGAGCCUGCUAUGGUGUGUUGAGGUUUGUUAUGGAAAGUGGUGCUAAGGGAUGUGAGGUUAUUGUCAGUGGAAAAUUGAGGGCCCAGAGAGCUAAAUCUAUGAAGUUCAAGGAUGGGUAUAUGAUCUCAUCCGGACAGCCUGUUAAGGAUUACAUUGACUCUGCUGUUAGACAUGUUCUACUUAGACAGGGUGUUCUUGGAAUUAAGGUGAAGAUUAUGCUUGACUGGGAUCCUAAAGGAAAGCAGGGUCCUAAAACUCCCCUACCUGAUAUUGUCACUAUUCACACUCCAAAGGAGGAGGAAGAGUACAUCAGGCCUGCUGCUGUUGUAGCAAAUGAUAUUGAGGUUCCUGUCCCAAUCCCUGUUGUUUGAGAAUGUUUUGAGUGUAUUGUUUGACAUUUUUGUUACAUCUAGUGUACUGUCAGACUUUUUUAAUUUUUGUAAGUUUUUGGUUCAAUGUUUAAGUUCUCCGCAGUUUAGUUUCAGACAUUCUAAGAUAUUGUUAUACUCAGCUGCAAGUAUUUAAGAUCUUAUUGUUAAUUUUUAUUACAUUAUUUAUCUCAUUCCUUAUCUAA